GCAUAGGCCCCGCCCCUAUCUCCACGGCCUCUCGCCCGCGCAGGCGCCUGGGCCUGCAGCCGGGCCGGCACCUGGGCCUGGGAGGGAGCAUGUCUGCGCGGCCGCCGCUGUCGGCCCCGCUCUGCACGUUACCGCCGGGCCCGGGGCCCCCGCGCUUCGUGUGCUACUGCGAGGAGGAGGAUGGUGGGGCCGAAGGCCCAGGCGGCUUCAGCCUCCAUGUGACGGACGCCGUGCAGCUCUGGAGCACCUGCUUCCCGCCCGACAGCCUGGCGGCCCUGAAAGCCCGUUUUGGCCUGAGCGCGGCGGAGGACAUCGCUCCCCAGUUCCGGGCAGCCUUUCAGCGGCAAGCGGUGGCUUUCACUCUGCAGGAGGAGGGGGCGUCCCUGACCCUCUCUGGGGGGCCCUCGGGGCUGGACUUUGACCUCUCCAAAGUGCCCGGCCCAGAGGCCACCCCCAGGCUGCAGGCCCUGACGCUGGGCCUGGCAGAGCGUGUGUGCAGCUUGGAGAGGCAGCUGGCAGCCGCAGAGGAGACAGCCGCCAGCCCCAGGAAGAGCCCUCGGCCAGUGGGGCCUCUGCAGUUCUUACCAGACCCAGAUUCUCAGAGAGGCUGCCCUGGACCUGGGGUCAGGAGGCGGUGCCCCGGAGAGUCCCUCAUCAACCCCGGCUUCAAAAGAAACCAGCCAGUGGUGUCGAUUUUGAUGACCUCUGACCCUGCUGCCGAAAGUGGGGUCCCGCCAGGAGUUUGCCUGUGAGAAGAGGGGCAGCCUCGAGGUCCCACCACCUCCACCGCGGGAGCAAGCCUGCUUCCGGGGCCCCUCCCCCGUCCAAUAAACGGCUGGUCACGGCGAG